AUGAGUGAUGCCUUUUUUUCUAUCCUAGUUGAUGAAUCUAGGGAUGUAUCUGUGAAGGAGCAAAUGGCUGUUACCUUUCGUUAUGUGGAUAAAAAUGGGUGUGUGAUUGAAUCCUUCAUAGGCAUUGAACAUGUAGCGAGUACUACUGCAAUCUCACUUAAGAAAGCUAUAGAUGCACUAUUCUCUAAACAUGGAUUACGCUUCUCUAGGCUACGUGGUCAAGGUUACGAUGGCGCCAGUAAUAUGAGUGGAGAACUUAAUGGUCUGAAGACCCUUAUUUUGAAGGAGAACUCGAGUGCUUUUUAUGUUCAUUGUUUCGCACAUCAGCUUCAAUUAGCUUUGGUCGGUGUAGCCAAGAAACAUGAAAUUGUAGGUGCUUUCUUUGCAUCAAUUGGUAGUGUUGUAAACAUUGUUGGGGCAUCUUCUAAACGUCGAGACAUUCUGCGAGAAAAGCAAGCUCUUAAAGUCAUUGAGGCACUUAAAGUUGGAGAACUUAAAAGUGGACACGGACUCAAUCAAGAAACUGAAAUUAAGCGUUCAUGUGAUACUCGUUGGAGCUCACAUUAUGGUACUCUUCUAAACUUUACUGUCAUGUUUUCUUCCAUAAUUGAUGUGUUGGAUGAAAUAGCAUUUGAUAAAGUGAGUUCUGAUCAGAAGCAUGAAGCUUUUAUUUCUUUGAAGUUGCUGCAAUCAUUUGAUUUCAUAUUCAGUUUGCAUUUGAUGAGAAUUAUACUUGGAAUCACUCAUGAGUUAUCACAAGCACUACAAAAAGAUGAUCAGGACAUAGUGAAUGCUAUGGAUUUAGUGAAAGUGUGCAAGAGAAAAUUGUAG